AUGGUUUCUAUAUCAAUACUUUCAUAUUUGACUAUUUUCAUAACAUCAACAAUUGCAAAUCCAGUUGGGAAAUGUACAUUUCCAAAAGAUCAAGGUUUAGUUGAAGUAGCAAAAGAUGGUGCCAAUAAAGGUUGGGCAAUGAGUCCUGACGAAUCAUGCGUACCAGGUAAAUAUUGUCCUUAUGCUUGUCCACCUGGACAAUUAAUGAAUCAAUGGGAUAGUUCAUCCAAAACUUAUUCGUUUCCAGGUUCAUUGAACGGUGGAUUGAAAUGUGGUAAUGAUGGUAAACUAACUAAACCUUUCAAUGACAGAGGUUUAUGUGUUGAUGGUAAAGGUACUGUAUCAAUUUCAAAUAAAAUGGAAAAAAAUGUUGCAUUUUGUCAAACUGUUUUACCAGGUAAUGAAGCUAUGUUAAUUCCAACAAAUUGCAAUGGGAAACAACAACAAACUUUGGCUGUACCAGGUGUUGAAUAUUAUGCAGAUGCUUGUGUUUGGGGUUCAAGUGAUAAAUCAAAAGGUAAUUGGGCACCAUACAUUGCUGGAAUGAAUAUGGAUAAAUCAGGAAAUACAUUUAUUAAAAUUGGUGUGAAUCCAAAAUAUAUUGAUGAUUUUAAUAAUCAAAAAAUUAAUUUUGGUGUUAAAAUUGUUUGUGAUGAUCCAAGUAAAUGUAAUGGUUUAGGUUGUGAAAUCAAUCCAAGAAAUGGAUUUAAUAAAGCUAGUGGACCAUCAGCUGGUAAUUCAUUAGGUGCUGCUUAUUGUAUAGUUACUGCUACUGAUCAUUCAAAAGCUAAGAUUGAAGUGUUUGAAGCAUGA